AUGUCCAGAACACUGUCCAAAUCCUUGCCUUUAUCGGGAGUCAGCCUCUCUUCAGGCCCUCCGAGUCCUAAAUCGCCAAGGUCCCCAAAGCCAGACACCAAAGUGACAUGGCCACGGAGGAAGACAGUGCAGCGCUUGCAAGGAAAUGCGAGGGCCGUGGUCUGCGCAGGCAGACUGCACAAGGCUUCUCCAGUCGUCGAUCAUGCAGAAGUUCCCGAUCGAGUGUUGGGUUCUCUAAAGAACUUUGUUCCGGAAGACUUCCUGACCAGCUUCAAGGAUUGGAUCGAAUUCCCAGACGGACAUGACGACGAAGGUAGCAUCCUCUCAAGGGAUGCAGAUGUACCGCUGGAGGAUUAUAUGGCCGAGCUGCACAAGCACAGGUUGGCGACUCCCGGCGCGAUAGAUGCACCGAGAGUACUUGCAGGCCAGCGGCGGAAACAUGAUUGUCUCGGCAACAAGCUGACAAGGCGGCGUCAGGAUUGUCCUCGGCACGAACAGCUGAAGGAACUCCUGCCACAUCUUCCGCCGGACCCGCCAAGACUGAGCAGGUCGGUGCGGAGGGCUCGGGCUGAACUUGCAGCGCAGCACUCUGAGAGGGAGCGCCUCAAGGUGGAAGAGCAGAGGCGCGAGGCCCGGCGCCGGCUUUGCCUCUGUCGAUUCCGAGCCAUCGGCUUCGCCGUUCUUCGACGGCUUCGAGACGAGGACGAAGAGUUCUUGGAGGCGGUCCGAACAAAUCCGGUGAUGCCCAUGACUCCCUGCACAAGUGAGGAGGGCUUGGAAGAAGCCGGCCCGGGACCGAAGCUCUUCGAACAUCGUCUGAAACAGGCCCGGCGGCGGAAAGCUUCGACAUCCGGGCGGAAUGCUCAGCGCGAAGAGCUCGCAACUCGAGGCAAUUUUCGAGCUGAUUUCGUCGAUGACUUGGUCAUCAAGCCCCGCGUCGAAACGCAGCCGCUCCUGGCCUUCAUGGAUCAGGGAGAAGCUGCUGCCAUCGUGCAGAAAGGUAGCAAAGCCAGCAAGUCCUCCAGGCAGAAGGAAAGCUCCCCCGGAGCACGUGGUGCCGCUCCCGAAGAGGGCCAGGAGUCCAAGGAUGCCCAGAGUGAUGCGAAGGCUCCAGGACCUACCGCAGCCGCGAAGAUCGCGGCCAGACGGGUGAAGCUGCAGCGCAUGCUUGACGUUCUGGAUCCAGGCUCGCAGAUCGGAUCCGUCGAUGCAGAUGUCAUCGUCCCUCUGAUGUUCUGGCUCGGACUCACGAAGAGCCGUACAGCAGCUACGGAGACUCUCAGGAUGGGAUUUGGUCAGUUGCAGAUCGAGAACGGUACCCUGCUGGUUCUCGGUGACCAUGUGGAAGUCCAGAUGCGACUUGUGGAAGGGUUACGGCACCUGGUUCGUCGAGACAGCACAGAACAUAUGUGCGAGUACCUUGCAGGCAAAAGCUUCCAGAGACCACGCGCCUGGUUCAAUUCUAUGCGAGCUGACCCCAUGGGCUGGGUGGACAUCACUCAGGUGCAAAAUCUGUUUGCACGCAUGGAAGUGACCUCGGAUCGGCAGACGCUCUUCCGAUUCCUCAGCUACAUAAUGGAGAAUCCGUGUCCGUCCGUGGCUGCCGACCACAGAGAGGCUGCCGCGAUCGAGAGCAAGAAGUUCAGCUUCAACGGGUUUCUGUCGCUUAUCUGCCGCUGCACUACAUCGUGGGUGCUUCACCGGGUCUUGUCCGUGCUCAUGGCCGAGUCAUCUGGAGCGCUCGCGACGGAUCUCGACAUUGCCAACAGGUGGAUAGAACUCCAGCGGAGGAUAAUGAUCUCGCUGCUGGUGAAUCAUCGCUUCUGGGGCCGAGAGUCGCGACAAGUCCUGUCAGCUCUACAACCACCCAUGAUCUCUACUGCGAUGGUCGAGGAGAGGCAUUCCUGGUGA